AUGUCUACGACAUGGCACAGGCGGAAGACCCGCUUAGGUAUUCUGCUGGAUGCUGAUGGAGAUGAGGACGCAGAGUCUCUUGCUUUGGAUAGGAUACUCCACGGUCAGAGUGUAAUUGGGAAAACCUCGAAGACGACAGAGAUCGAUACCCUGCGUUUCUCUGACGAAGACUUGGACGUUGUUGGGACACUAGAGUAUGGUCAAUUUGGUAUUAUCGACGUGGUAACCUGUAAACUAAAUGGUGAUGUGUACGUUCGCAAAUCCAUCGAGAAACGCUUUGCAUUGAAGACCACUGAUCAAUGCUCCCCACAGCUUGAGCGAGAUAUAUUGUUACGAGCACGGAAAACUGACUCCGAGUGGGCCCCGCAUCUGCUAUGCGCGUUUCAGACGCCCACACAUCUGAGCAUCGUAAUGGACUAUGCCUCGGGCGGGACGUUAUGGGAUGUUCUGCAGUCCAGUCCUCAUGACGGCAAGGUUCUAGAAACAGACUUGAAGUGGUGGGCGCCACAAAUCAUCAGUGCUAUCCAUUGGUGCCACUCACAACAUUUUGCCCAUAGAGAUAUCAAACCGCAUAAUUUUGUUUUGAGUACCGAUUCCCAAUUACUUUUGAUCGACUUCGGCUCGGCAGCGCCACUGUUGCCUCCUGAAAGUGAUGGCAGUCAAAGAGUACCAAAACGGCAUUGUCUUGUUCCAUGCGGGACAUGCGAUUAUAUCUCUCCGGAGAUCCUCCAAGCCCAUGAAGAGGCUUUGGUGGCUCUUGAGAUGGCCGACGAUUCAAGCGCAGUCCCUCAAGAUAACACGCAAGGAUAUGGCCGUGAAACGGACUGGUGGAGCACAGGCGCUAUGUUGUACGAGAUGACACAUGGCAUCGCACCUUUCUUUGCGAAUGAUAUACGACGAACAUAUCUGAAAAUCACUGAGCAUUACAAAAGCCUACGCUUCGACAGAUCUAUGGCCAUUUCCGCCAACUUAGAAGACCUAUUACGCGGAUUGCUUACAACUGCAGAACUGCGUUUGGGCCGUAGAAGUGUCGAAGAGAUCAAGGAACAUCCAUUCUUCAGGAGCACCGACUGGUCAAAUUUGCAUCGAAGCCCACGACCAGUUGAUCUGCAUCUCCCUCAAUUCACCUACACAACGCCAAUUGUGCCUUCUGCACCAGUGGCGAACUCGCACUCGUCUUCUGAAGGCUCCUCAUCCUCUCGUCCAUUCGCCUUCUCAGCAUUGUUCCAGUCUUCCCCAGCUUCAACACACGGUGUCUCUGUGCUUCCUGUAACUCCUUCGCACACCUCCAGUCGUUCAAUACUGAAGGAACAGCCAGUGGCGUCUUUCAUAGGCUUUUCUUGGGGCCCUUCACUCGAUGCAUUUACAGGCGCAGCCGACCAGCCGAACUCGAACAACCAGGAAGGACUCAGCACCAUACAACCCCUUAAUUUUCUCUCCGUUCCGCCAACACAUUUUGCGUCAGUACCACAGACGAUGCAUGCGACACCCGUUAUGCAGCGAUAUCCGUUUGCUACUCCUGUCCGUCCAAACGUUUUGACCCCGUUCCGAACGCUGCCACGGGCGAGCACUGUCCGCCGGACGGCCCCGCGCCGAGCGGUAUCUGAUCGUGAGGCAAUGAAGCAGCUCGUCGAUUGUGUGGGGAUGAGCGCUCGCAAGAAGGUACUGGAGAGUGGGCGGAAACCUCGCAUCAUCGGGUCCUCUGGCCGUUCGUCUGCAGUGAAGGAGCUCCGAUUCGACUCGUCCGUGGCCGUGGUCGGAGACAGUGGUGUUUCAUACAAGGUUGACCCUCCCACGCAAUCCACCGUUACGCUGCCGUCUGUCUUGUCUCUGUCUGGAAGCGGAUCGCAGGAGGCGCUGGUGGACCUUCCCAGCUACUCUGACAUCGACUCGGACCUCCCGGCAAGUCCAAGCCCCAGCCCCCGUCCGGGCUCUGCGCUGUCGAUGAUGUCAAGGAGGAGUCAAACCCCGACCACGUCGAGCUUCAACUUGUUACGAUUUGGUCAGGACAGCAUGCGGGUCGGAGAAGAAGAGAAGCUGCUUGUCUCUUCAUCAGUGGCGGACAGCCUCUCGUAUGACGUGUUGGACGAAUACGACAAGAGAUAUACGGUACUUUUGGAAGACCUUGCAGGUAUCGAAAGUCGCCUGAGUCGGUUAUCGAUGGUUGUGCGACAACACAGCUGCUAA